CGGCGCCCCGCCCUUGUGGCCCCCACCAGAGCGGCGGCGGAGGGAUCCGCUGGGGGCGGUGCUGCGGCCAGCCGGGAUCACCUUGGCGAGGCGUGGGGGUGGCGCGCAGAGCGGCGGCGGCGCUCGGACGGAGAGGAGCGUGACUGGACGGCGGCAGACACAGGAAUCGAGUGACCAUGUCGAAGCACCACGAUGCAGGGACCGCUUUCAUCCAGACCCAGCAGCUGCACGCUGCCAUGGCAGACACCUUCCUGGAGCACAUGUGCCGCCUGGACAUCGACUCGGAGCCAACCAUCGCCAGAAACACUGGCAUCAUCUGCACCAUUGGCCCGGCCUCCCGCUCUGUGGACAAACUGAAGGAAAUGAUUAAAUCUGGAAUGAACGUUGCCCGCCUCAACUUCUCUCACGGCACCCAUGAGUAUCAUGAGGGCACAAUCAAGAAUGUGCGAGAAGCCACAGAGAGCUUUGCCUCUGAUCCCAUCACCUACAGACCUGUGGCUAUUGCACUGGACACCAAGGGACCUGAAAUCCGAACUGGACUCAUUAAGGGAAGUGGCACAGCAGAAGUGGAACUGAAGAAGGGCGCAAAGCUCAAAGUGACCCUGGAUGAUGCCUUCAUGGAGAACUGUGAUGAGAACACGCUCUGGUUGGACUAUAAGAAUCUCAUCAAAGUUGUAGAAAUUGGCAGCAAAAUCUAUGUGGAUGAUGGUCUGAUUUCUUUGCUGGUGAAGGAGAAAGGGAAGGACUAUGUUAUGACGGAGGUUGAGAACGGCGGCAUGCUUGGCAGCAAGAAGGGCGUGAACCUGCCUGGUGCUGCCGUCGACCUGCCCGCUGUCUCUGAAAAGGAUAUUCAGGACCUAAAAUUCGGUGUGGAGCAGAACGUGGAUAUGGUGUUUGCUUCCUUCAUCCGCAAGGCUUCUGAUGUCCAUGCUGUCAGGAAGGUGCUGGGGGAAAAGGGAAAGAAUAUCAAGAUCAUCAGCAAGAUUGAGAACCACGAGGGUGUGCGCAGGUUUGAUGAGAUCAUGGAGGCCAGCGAUGGCAUUAUGGUGGCCCGCGGUGACCUGGGAAUCGAGAUCCCUGCUGAAAAAGUCUUCCUUGCCCAGAAGAUGAUGAUUGGGCGCUGCAACAGGGCUGGCAAACCUAUCAUCUGUGCCACUCAGAUGCUGGAAAGCAUGAUCAAGAAGCCUCGCCCAACACGCGCUGAGGGCAGCGACGUCGCCAACGCUGUCCUGGACGGAGCAGACUGCAUCAUGCUCUCUGGGGAAACAGCCAAGGGAGACUAUCCCCUCGAGGCUGUGCGCAUGCAGCACGCUAUCGCCCGCGAGGCUGAGGCCGCAAUGUUUCAUCGUCAGCUGUUCGAAGAAAUUUUACGCCUCAAUGUUAACAACAGGGACCCUGCCGAUGCCAUGGCGGCGGGCGCGGUGGAGGCCUCUUUUAAGUGCUUAGCUGCAGCCCUGCUAGUCCUGACCGAGUCCGGCAGGUCGGCACACCUGGUGUCGCGGUACCGCCCGCGGGCCCCCAUCAUCGCCAUCACCCGCAAUGAGCAGACGGCGCGCCAGGCCCACCUGUACCGCGGCAUCUUCCCCGUGCUCUGCAAAGACCCUGCCCAGGACGCCUGGGCCGAGGACGUGGACCUGCGCGUCAACCUGGGCAUGAAUGUUGGCAAAGCUCGAGGGUUCUUCAAGACUGGUGACCUGGUGAUCGUGCUGACAGGCUGGCGCCCUGGCUCUGGCUACACCAACACCAUGCGUGUGGUGCCCGUACCCUGAGCGCCCACUGGGCCUUCCUUCCCCUGCCCCCCUCUCCUCCCACUGCCCCACUCCCCUCCCACUGCUCAGUCUCCCCUUGCCGUAGACCAGCCAUCGCUUGCGCUGUUCUCCUUGUCCCUAGAGUGGAUGUAGGUUGCUAAACACCACCCAGUGCAGCAGCAGCAGGGGCAAGAGACCUUAAAUCACUAAAAAAAAUAUACUUGAAGUGUUUAGUUUUUUAAAAAACCUCUUCCUGUAGUUAAAGUCCUGCCUUGAUAUGUGUUGGAGUCAGCGUAGGAGGUUCCUUCGUGCUGCUGGGAUUCCUCUUUCCUGGUGACUGUCCUCGGGGUGUGAAAUGUCCCUUUCCCUGGCCCUGGUGUGGGGUUUUGGGGAAGGGGAGAGGCAAUGUGUGGUCAGCGGUUCUACUGGACCCCUCCUUGCUCGAGGCAAGCUGCUACUCCCCCCUCCUGUAUGGCCACACGCCUCCCCAGACCCAAUCCAAGGCAGAUGCAGCCUUUCUCAGCUGGUUGUUUUGGGGAUGGGGGCAGGGGAAGGGUGUCGGCUCCAUGCACAGAGCGUCCCGUGCUCCCCUCGCAGCGUUGUCUCCUGUGUUAGUCGUGUCCCCCCACCACCCCAGAGCCCCCCCUCACCCAGCACUCCGAUGGGCCCUGGGGCGGGAGAGCACAACUGUCCAUCAAUAAAGAGAAGCUGAAGCACC